AUGUAUCUGCCCGAACCUGACGUCACCACACACGACGCGCAGUCCCUCUUCUUUGCUUGCUUGGUCGCAGCCGUAUCCGUAGCCCUACCCCGCGCAACGAGCGAGCGUUUUCGCGAAUCUCUCAUCCUGGCUGGUAAUAAGCGUCGGAGUUUCUCCAGCUCGGGAGGACUUUUGAACAGGAUGUUUGGCACAUCGCCCGGCAAAGAUGACGAAGCCACAAUAGACAUCGCUGCGGCCACGGACGCAUCCAAGGGCGCAAAUGCCAACCCCCCCGCCGAGAAGCGGAACAGUAACACGCCCGCUGUAGAGCGCAAAGCCACCGAACCCAGUCCCAUUUCCGAGAAGAAGCGGAGGAGUAGCACCGCGUCGCGCGCCCGAGACAUGUUCUCCAGUGCAAAACAAUCCCUCCACCUUGGAUCGUCGCCGACAUCUGGCUCUGGUGGCGUAGAAAAGACCAUGCAGACGCCUAUGCAGAAGCUUGGAAAAGCCGACCCUGCGCUCAGUGUGCCUCAGGGUUCACUGAACAAUUCGGCUGGCGAAUCGCAUCCAGGACCGUACUCCACGUUUCGCGUUGGUGUGACGGAGGACAAGAAUAAAAAAUGCAGGAGGACUAUGGAGGAUACGCAUGCGUACUUGUAUAACUUCCUCAGUACGCCCGCCCCGAACUUCAGUCCGGAUAAGAGCCGCGGCUCGCUUUCAGACGGAUCUAGCUCUUCGGAUCUACCGGUCGUGGAGACUGACAACGGGUACUUCGCGAUUUUCGAUGGACAUGCCGGCACCUUUGCGGCAGAUUGGUGCGGAAAGAAACUACAUCUGCUCCUUGAAGAAACCAUUCGAAGAAACCCCAACACGCCUAUACCGGAGCUCCUAGAUCAAACAUUUACGCUUGUGGAUCAGCAAUUAGAGAAGCUGCCCCUUAAGAACAGCGGUUGCACCGCCGUGAUAGCAGUGCUGAGAUGGGAAGAUCGUGUGCCCAACCAAGCUUCGUCAACCGGCUCUACCUUGUUCGCACCAGCUGCGGUGUCAGCUUUGAAGAACGCAACCGACGGGGGCGAGAAGCAAUCGGAAACUACCAGCACUGCAGAGUCGUCUUCGACGGCAGAAGUGGCCCAAGAGCAUCCCGUGGAGACUAAACUGCGAAACGACGCUAGCCGCCAGAGAGUCCUAUACACUGCGAACGUGGGUGAUGCCAGGAUAGUGCUGUGCCGCAAUGGGCGAGCACUCCGAUUGUCUUACGAUCACAAGGGCAGCGACGACAAUGAAGGCCGCCGCGUUGCUAGCGCUGGUGGCUUGAUCCUCAAUAACCGUGUCAAUGGUGUUUUGGCUGUCACGCGAGCACUGGGAGAUGCGUACAUGAAGGAUCUGGUCACUGGACACCCUUACACAACCGAGACGGUCAUUCAACCCGAUCAAGACGAGUUUUUGAUUCUUGCUUGCGAUGGGCUCUGGGACGUGUGUUCCGAUCAGGAGGCCGUCGACCUCGUUCGCGGAGUCCAAGACCCGCAAGUCGCCUCAAAAACAUUGGUUGACCAUGCUCUCGCGCGAUUCUCCACGGACAACUUAUCAUGCAUGGUCGUACGCUUCGAUAACAAGGCACUGAAACAGCGCAAGACUGAGGCUCAGCUCGGCGUGGAUAAGAACCCGCCUAGCACGCAGCCAGGUAUCAGUGAAGCAGAUGCCAUCGUUGCCCAGGCUAAGAGGGAGAUAGGAGAGCCGGAGCAGUCGGUAGAGAGUGCUGCAAAGGACGUGAUUCAGGAGGAGGAAGACGAACAGGAGGAGAAUGGGCCGGAGUUGAAUGCGGAAGCUGUGAAGGCUGCUCGGAAGAAUCCUGGAUGA